AUGGCGGCCCACGAUGCCUUGACAACACGUAAGUGUGUUAGCCCCGGGGCCUUGUUACACCUCAUGGGGCCUACUCGGCCUGGCAACAAGACUUACCGGCCUGGCAACACGCACUUUAUCAGCAUCCUAGAGACAGACGAUCGCGUUGACAAUUCACGUUGUCGGCAGACGAAGAGCUGUGAUGCAUCUUCAGGCUGUCGCGCCAAAAAGCCACAUACCAACACCCUGCUAACGUGUAUCGAGCUUGUAGAAGACAACUUUGCCUACAGUCACUGUACGUCUUCGCCAAACAAUCGUCGGUCUCAAUGCGUCGUCUCCGUGGGCUUUGGGUGGGGCGGGCUACAGGGCCCAGCGACUGUCGGCGUCCUCUCGUCUCGGUCUUUUGCCUCGGAGGCCGCCCACCCUCCCGCCCGCCCGGAGGAAGGAUUGAGCGGCAACAUGACGAGACGACAGGCGACAAGCGAAAUCGUCACGUCAGCGUGA